CCCCUCAUCAAAUGCAAAAAAAUUUCUACACAUACUUGAAAAACUAAAGUCUCCAUUGAAAUUCGCACCAUUCAAGCUUAGCUGCAAAUGUACUGGAUGAUCAAUCGGUGCAUUUAUACACCACCAUACCCUUCCAUUCCAAUUUAUAACUCUGUGUGCAUAUAUAAGGAUUCAUAUAGAAAAAAUGGAGCAUAAAAUUGGUAAUUGUCGAAAGAGGAAGUAGAAUAGGAAUGAGAACAGAUAUAGUUAUAGCGACUUUCUUAGCAUUGCUUUUGAUUAGUUCUAGCUUGGUAGAAUCAACAACUUAUCCAAAAGAUAAUCACAGUCAGACUAGGGAAGAAGAGGAAAAGAGAACGAGUCGAAGAAGUGGUAGCGCCAGCCGUGGAAGAGGGAGGACGAGGAGAGGCAGAGGUGGUGGUGGAAGAUCGGGAGGUGGAUCAUCUAAUUGUGAUCCUUUGUUUCAAUACUUAUUUGGAAAUUGUGGUCAAUGGCCAUUCCCACGUGAGGGGCCUAACAACCCGUUUCGGCCUAGGCCGAGGCCGUCGCCUCGCCGAACUCCGCCCCUACCACCGGGACUGCCGCCUCUAGUCCCUUCUCCUCCAUCAAUAGUGCUACCACCACCUUUGGUACCUUCACGACCACUUAUACCUCUACCGCCACCUUUAGUAACUUCACCACCACCUAUACCUCUACCGCCACCUUCACCGCCACUCAUACCCCUCCCGCCACCUUCUUCACCACCUCCGGUGGCUGCCUCACCGCCACCGGUAGUGUCUUCACCUCCACCAGCCUCUCCUCCGCCUGCUUCUCCCCCACCAGCCUCUCCUCCACCUGCCUCUCCCCCACCAGCCUCUCCUCCACCAUCUCCACCACCUACGCUAUCACCUCCACCCCCUACACCACCUCCACCCCCAUUAGUUCCCUCACCACCACCUCCGUCAGAUUCCUCCCCACUUCCACCUGAAAUUCCCAUAGUAUUCCCAUCACCGCCGCCGCCGCUGGUUGCAUCUCCACCACCUGACCAACCAGUCUUUCCAUGGUUCUCACCUCCCGAUUCAAUCUCAAAUUCUCCAGAACUGCCUAUAUUUUCUCCUCCACAAAUACCUGACUUUCUUCUCACACCACCACCUCAGAUAGACGUGCCACCAUCUGAAGAAACUCCGGCACCACCGUUAUUCCCCAUUUUUCCCUCGCCACCAGAUGAAACUACGCCGGAGCCACCUCUUUUCCCAAUAUUCACACCACCACAAGAGCCACCAGAAGUCUUCCUCCCGCCACCGAAUGAAUCUACGCCAGAGCCACCACUUUUUCCUAUAUUCACACCACCACAAGAUCCGCCUGAAUUGCCAUUCACCUUCCCACCGAUCACAUUCAGUCCUCCACCAACUGAUCCAGGUGCAAUUACAACUCCAAUAGUAUUUCCGAUCCCGCAAACACCGGAUUUGUUCUUGCCACCACCCGUGAUUGAUAAUCCCGAUAUACCGCAGACUCCGGUGCAGCCACUGCCAUUUAUAACUGCACCGCCAUCACCGGAGGAGCAGCCAAAAGCGCCGUCGCUUCCAUUCUUUCCUCCUGUUGAGUUUCCACCAAAACCCGAAUCACCUCCAUCCAAGGCAUAAAUUCUGUAUUUCUAGCA